AUGUCAUUAACGGCUGAGUUGGUCAGUGUUCUACCAAAAGGCAAGAAAUAUGAGGUGUUCCAUUUCCAAUCAAAUCCUCGAGAUACACAUCCAUUGGUGUCCCAAAAGUCUAAUUCCACGGAUCUGAAAACAAUUAAAGCUGAACAUUUCAUUACAUUGGCUCAUGAGGGUCUCAUUUUCUUUGGAAUAAAGAUAUUCAUAUACAUAACUAUCGAUUACAAGCAUAAUUCAACUGAAAAACUUUUGUUUGUAUCGAAAGCUGAUACAAAUGGACUAAAUGAAUCAAAUGUGAAGAUUGGUAAAGUUACACAAGUCAUUUUGGAAAACUUACUACAAAUACCAAUUGAAUCUUAUUUAACUGGAAUCAUACCCAAACAUGCAAUAACUCCAGAUAUAACUGAUAAAAACAAGAUUACAAAGUUAACAUCCACCAAAGAUGCAUUGAAAAUAUUGAUUGAGAGAAAACGUGGAACAUUAUCACAACCUGAAAAGAUAAAACCUUACACCAUUACAGAUUACCCUAAACCUGUCAAGACUAAGAUCUCACUAUUCACAAGAUCUGAACCACAAUAUCUUUUCCCAAGUUCAAGCAAGAACCCAAAGAAACAUGUAUUGGGUGGUGAUGGAUUAUUAAAAUGGUGGUUAAAAGCACUAGACAAAAUCAUUGUUGACAAGUUUGAAAAAUCUGGACUUAUUGCUAAACUGCAAAUACCUGCAGAAGAUCCAAGACAAAUUGAACGUUAUUUAAAACAAUUGGAAUCUGAUAAUUGGAGCGUUGGUGAUGCUUUCAAUGGUAAAGAUGAUGAUCUUGCUAUAUUUAAAAUCCCACUAUUUCCAGAUGAUCCAAAGGCAAGGUUCUUGGAACAUCUAGUGGUGGAGAAUAGAGCCAAAACUAUGACUUUGAAACAAUUUUGGAUUGAAUUACAAGCAAGACAAGAGUUUAGAUUGGGUGUCACUGUUUCCGUUAUUGGUAUUGAAGGUUAUUUAACACCAGUCAAUGGAUUCCAAAAUGAUUCAAUCCAACUGUCCCGUCGUCAUUUCAAGAAGUUGAAGAAUUAUAUAACAGGGGAAGAUUACAGAACUAGUGAAGGUUCAAUUGAAGCUUAUAAAAAUGUGAAAAAUUAUCUUGAAUCACAAUUUGAUCAAGAUGGGCUAGAAAUCAUUGGUGAAUAUGUACCAGAAACUAAAGCAGCAACAAUCAACACGACAAGCAUCAAUACACUAGUACCUAAAAAGGGUAAAAGAGUUGCACCAACAGUACAAAUCAAUACUCUUCCAGUUAGAAAGAAACAAAAGGACAAAUAA